AUGAUGUCCUCUCUUUGGUUCGCGUUUCUCUGUGUUGCUGUCUUCAGCAUUGGGGCGUUCUUGUUGCCGCCGUCUUCGGAUGCUUCUUUGCGGAGACGGCUCAACAGUACCGUAUGGAGAGAAGAUCCACUAAGCCAUGAAGCAGAAGAAGACAAACCCUUCACUAUUAUCUUUGUCAGUGACUUGGAAAACAGAUAUCGAGGACACGACAUUCGCCGAUCACAAUACGUUGUCAACUACAUUAAAAACCUCAAAGACAGUAAUCUGGUUUUUAAUCAACCCUACAGUGACAUUUUCAUCAAGCCAAAACUGGUCAUCCAUGGAGGUGACAUUAGUCACCAGUGGUCUUGCAACGGAUUCAAGUGGUUCAUUUUGGGAGGUUGUCGAAAUGCUCAGGACGAGUACAAGGAUGUGUGGGAUCGAUUGUACAAGGCUGGAAUUCCCAUGAUCAGUGCCUACGGCAACCAUGAUUGGAAUGCUCGAGAUGGAACUGGCAAUCCUUGGGGCAGUGAGACGGAUCAACCCAGGGACGAAAACACAGAUUUCAUCAAUCGAUGGAGUAAUGAGUUUACCACAUUGAGCUAUGAGAAAUCUGCCAAACUAACCAAUGGCAAUCUGGAAUAUGAGGAAUUUUACCCCACGGGAGACAUUGGCCAGUCCAUGUUCCGAGCAACGUAUGGUGGCAUUCAAAUUGUCAAUUUCAACUCGGCCUUCAAUUGGCAAUCCUACGAUCGAACUGAUAAUGGCAUGGUGUACGACGCGGAUGACCAGUUUGAAAGGCUCUCCAGAAGUUUGGAUCGAAACAUGAAGACAAUCUUCUUUGAACAUUACCCUCUCAACAAGGGCGGGAGCAUUGGCAGCCAAUCACCCAGUCGAAACACAGCACUCUCCCUCAUACGAGAGUUUGGAGAAGGCGUAGCACACUUCUCGGGACACUUUCAUGUGAACCGUGUGUACCCCUACACAGCGGCUGAACCAAACUUCAAUGACUAUGUCGCUCCUUACCCUCAUAUCUGGAAUGGGAACGAGCCGGGCUUUUUAGCCAUUCUAAUGUCACGAACUCAAGGUGUUCUGCAGGUCAAAACGUUGGAUAUCCCAGGACUGGAGGAUGGAGACAAAUGCAUGCCAUUCAACUACGUGAAUAUUCGAGAGGCGUUUUUUGGUUUCUGGCCGGAAACCAAUGACUGGUUCAAAACAUAUGCUAACGAGGAAAGACCAAACGAGGAUGGAGGAGAUGAAUCGUCCGCCGCCACCCCCCGAGACAAUAGUCUCGGCAGCAAUGGCGCCAAUGAACUUGGCAGGGGAACCAUCAGUGACGCCACUCGGUGCUGCAAUACAUGUAAGUCCGGAAAGCAAAGUUGGUCCGGAGAAGUAGGAUGGUUUGUGUGUGGACAAGUAGAUGACGAGGCGGAGGCCCGCCUUGAAGAAAUCAUCGAAGUACCCGAACUUGAAACGUGGAGCGAGGAAAGUACAAGAUAG